AUGUCUGCAUCUGCUCCUCGCUCUGGCGCUGGCUCAGGCUCUGGAUCCGGCCCUCAACCCCAGCCCCAGCACGACGAAUUGCACAUGUCGGGCUUGAGCCAAACUGGUGCUGCAAUUUCUAUGUCGCCUCAAGAAUACGAAAACCCUCCUCAGAUCAAGUUCGAGUCUUCACCCUCAAGCUCCCACUACAGAAACCCCUCCAACUCUUCGGUGCCCAACGUUCUCCAACCCGCCGGUGGCCUGUCCACUCGCGGCGCCCCAGCCUCGCCCAACUUACCCUCGCCGAUGCAGCAAUCCUCUCCCGCUGCCUCAUCCGUCUCUCACCAGCCGCCGUCGCAUACUCAACACCAACAGCAUUCGCAUCAUUCCCAGCAGCCGUUGCAGAUCCCUUCGCAGCACGGUCAGCCUUCUCAGGACUAUUCAAACUCCCCGUCCGCCGCCGCCACAGGCAGACCAUUGAGCAUGUCCCAUAGCUAUUCCCGCUCCAGCCCAGCCGCUGGCUACGAUGGCUCCUCGAGCUACCAUGCAUACACUCCUACCACUCCUAGCGGUGCUUCGUCUUCACAUCUCAUGUCUCCAAUCGACCCCGCCCGGUACAAUGCUCCAGGAUCCCAGCGCACCAUCUCCAACACCCCGCUUGGUCUAGCUGAUAUUCGUCCCCGCGCCGAUUCGAGCAUGUCUGAUGGCACUGGAGCUGCUAUGGGCUAUGAUGCCAACAGUGCUCAACCAGGAACGAGCAAUUACCUUGCGCCGUGGGCUAUUUACGCUUUCGACUGGUGCAAGUGGCCGGCCCAAGGUAAUAGUGCUGGUAAGCUAGCUGUAGGAAGCUACUUGGAGGAUGGCCAUAACUUUAUUCAAAUCCUCGACAGCCACAUUGCGCCCACUCCUCAAGAUGUCUACACGCCUGGCUCAUCCAAGUUCAACCUCGAAUUUACCAAAGCUGCCGAAGCUACCCACUCUUACCCUGUGACCCGCCUACUGUGGGAGCCACCUUCGUCGCAAAAGCAGUCUACUGACCUGCUUGCGACUUCAGGCGACCACCUGCGAUUGUGGUCUCUUCCCAGCGAGAAUUCGAGCACAACACCUAGUAGCACCAUCGGCCGUCGCGACAACAUCACGACCAAGUUGACGCCCCUCGCACUGCUCUCUAACUCCAAGACCCCAGAUCAUACUGCGCCUCUCACAUCGCUCGAUUGGAACACUGUCUCACCUAGUCUUAUUAUUACCUCGAGUAUAGACACAACAUGUACCAUCUGGGAUAUUCCCUCACUCACCGCCAAGACCCAGCUUAUUGCCCACGAUAAAGAGGUUUAUGAUGUUAGGUUCUGCGCCAAGAGUGUUGAUGUCUUUGUAAGCUGUGGCCAGGAUGGUAGUGUCCGCAUGUUUGAUCUUCGAAGCUUGGAGCACUCGACAAUCAUUUACGAGCCCACGGGCAAGGAGGAGCGAGAUCCCAACGGAGGUCGUGUUAGUCCAACACUAGCUCAGCAAACAAUGGCCAACCCUCCCCCUCUGCUACGGCUCGCUACUUCACCUCACGAUACACACCUCCUUGCUACAUUUGCUCAAGACUCUAACGCUAUCCGUAUUUUGGAUGUGCGACAACCUGGCCAGGCUUUACUCGAGCUCCGUGGUCAUGGUGGCAAUGUCAACUGCAUUGAAUGGUCGCCUCACCGACGCGGAAUGCUUGCUUCAGGCGGCGACGACUGCCAGGUUCUUCUUUGGGAUCUUUACAACUCGAACCAACCCGUGAACGGCGCCCCCCAACCAGAGAACCCCAAGAGCCCCGUUGCUAGCUGGCAGUGCGAUUACGAAGUUGGCAACCUAGGCUGGGUGCCUCAACUCCCCAACUCCGACUACGGCGAAUGGCUCGGCGUGAGUGCAGGACGUGGUAUCUGGGGAACACGGGUUAUGUGA